CGCUCUCAUUUUGUUUCAGUGAGGUAUUGCAACGACAGCGGAUUGGUUAGAAUUCACCCCUGACCUAGUGACGCAAUAAGCGUGGAGCGGCGUGGCGCAUCCCAAUGAUAUCGAAUGAUGUUGAUGUGCAGGAUCGGCAGUUGCGUGAUGCUGUAUUGAACUUGUAUUGAAUUUAUAGAGUGUGAGUCAACUUCUGAAGCAUUCACAAGAUGCCUGAGAUUAAGGUUACUCCUUUAGGUGCUGGGCAGGAUGUUGGGCGCAGCUGUAUUCUUGUUUCUAUUGGAGGGAAGAAUGUAAUGCUGGAUUGUGGCAUGCACAUGGGAUACAAUGAUGAUCGUCGAUUUCCAGAUUUCUCAUACAUAACACAAAAUGGACGUCUGACUGAAUUCCUAGACUGUGUCAUUAUCAGUCACUUUCACUUAGAUCAUUGUGGAGCACUGCCUUAUAUGAGUGAAAUGGUUGGAUAUGAUGGACCCAUUUACAUGACUCACCCCACUAAGGCUAUUUGCCCCAUCCUGCUGGAGGAUUACAGGAAAAUUACUGUGGAUAAAAAAGGAGAGACUAAUUUCUUCACGUCCCAGAUGAUCAAGGACUGUAUGAAAAAGGUGGUUGCUGUGAAUCUUCACCAGACAGUGCAGGUAGAUGAUGAGUUGGAAAUAAAGGCAUACUAUGCAGGGCAUGUUCUGGGAGCUGCCAUGUUUCAAAUUAAAGUUGGAUCAGAGUCAGUGGUAUACACUGGUGAUUAUAACAUGACACCAGAUCGCCACUUAGGAGCUGCAUGGAUUGACAAGUGCCGUCCUGAUUUGCUCAUAACUGAAUCCACGUAUGCAACAACAAUCAGAGAUUCCAAACGCUGCAGAGAGAGAGACUUCCUGAAGAAAGUCCAUGAGACAGUGGAGAAAGGUGGAAAGGUUCUGAUUCCUGUUUUUGCGCUCGGACGAGCUCAGGAACUCUGCAUAUUGUUGGAAACCUUCUGGGAACGCAUGAACCUCAAGGCUCCUAUUUAUUUCUCUACUGGUCUGACAGAAAAAGCCAACCAUUAUUACAAGUUGUUUAUCACGUGGACCAAUCAGAAGAUAAGGAAAACCUUUGUACAAAGGAACAUGUUUGAAUUCAAGCACAUCAAAGCUUUUGAUAGGGCUUUUGCAGACAACCCUGGACCUAUGGUGGUCUUUGCAACUCCAGGAAUGCUGCACGCUGGUCAGUCUCUGCAAAUCUUUCGCAAAUGGGCAGGGAAUGAGAAAAACAUGGUGAUUAUGCCAGGUUACUGUGUACAAGGUACAGUGGGACAUAAAAUAUUAAGUGGCCAGAGAAAACUGGAAAUGGAAGGAAGACAAACUCUGGAGGUAAAGAUGCAAGUGGAAUACAUGUCCUUCAGUGCACAUGCGGAUGCUAAAGGAAUUAUGCAGCUGAUUCGUCAGGCAGAGCCUCGUAAUGUACUACUGGUGCAUGGAGAGGCCAAAAAGAUGGAAUUCCUUAAACUUAAAAUUGAACAAGAAUUUCGAAUUAACUGUGCUAUGCCACUGAAUGGAGAGACUACAACCAUCACCACCAAUCCAAAUAUCCCUGUAGAUAUAUCUUUAGGACUGCUGAAGAAAGAAACCUCACUUGGGCUGGUUCCAGACUGUAAGAAGCCAAGACUGAUGCAUGGAACACUCAUAAUGAAAGAUAAUAGCUUCCGCCUGGUUUCUCCAGAGCAAGCACUGAAAGAAAUUGGCCUUGGAGAGCACCAGCUACGAUUCACUUGCCGGCUGCAUGUUCAAGAUACCCACAAGGAACAAGAGACCGUGCUGCGGAUAUACAAUCAUCUGAAAAGUGUACUUAAAGAUUACUCUGUGCAGCACCUCCCUGAUGGUUCCAUCAUGGUGGAGUCUAUUUUGCUGCAAGUUUCAACCCAUUCCGAGGACCCAGGAACAAAGGUUCUGUUAAUUUCGUGGACAUACCAGGAUGAGGAACUGGGAAGUUUCUUGACAUCUCUGCUAAAGAAAGGCCUUCCACAAGGAACAAGUUAAUUUCUUUGUGCCUGGGGUGUAUUUUGUACCAAUGUGAAGAAAGCAAAGUGAGCCUGGGCACACAAUGGUGAACUGGUUUAUAUCCACCUUACUGCCCAUUUCAGGAUGUGGCAAACCAAAUUUAAAAGACUAUUUUUCUAAAAUGUGUGAUGCUACUCGAGGCUCUAAAAUCUGAACACUUGCUAAGGAAGACUGUGUCAAGGUUUUGGUGAGACAUCUCAAUUAUUUGUAGAGUUCUCCUUCCUUCCCUUUGGAGUCCUUCUGCAAGGAAGAAAGGGGCUGUAUUCUCACUACUGUAUUUUUUUUUAAUAAACUCAUUUGACGCACA